AUGGUUAACGGCUAUCUUAUUAUUGGUGAUAAAAUUCUUCCAAACACUGUGCAGAGAGUUAAAUUUGGACUGGGUAAUGAUUUGCAGGCAGUCGAUACAAACGGUGGGCUCUUCUAUUCUCAAGUACCCGGUAUUAUGAUGUUCAUCAGCAGAACAGCCCUUGUUUAUCUUCCUCCGGGUACCUGGGCAUUCAGUAUCGGUGCACGAAGUGAAUUAAGUUACGGAACAGUUCGUGGCGGUAUUGCAACAUACGAAUUAACUGAAUUAGAGAACGAGGGUUUGGGUGAUCUUGCAUUAGCAAGAUUUCCAGAAUAG